CUUGUAUAACAUGUUAUGUGUUUCCUGUGCAAAUGUAUAUGCCACAUCCUAUCAUUCCCACUAAACUUAUCUGUUUAAGCCAAUUGUAUUUAAUAUAAGGAACCAAUCUAAGUCAUUUACAACACAGUUAAUCUGUGUGAUAAUUUUGAUUGUUUAAGAAAUAUUGGGUGUGUUUUCAUCCCUUGUCCACUGUAUGUAAAAGACAUUCACUUUAGAAGAGACUGAAUAGCAAAUUAUGUUAUAAACAUUUAUUAUAUGUUCUCAUAAAGAUUCACUUUCUUUUUAAUGGCUUCUCAACAUUGUUCAAUUCGUUUAAUUCGUCAAGAUACAUCUAUUCCAUGGGGUUUUCGAUUAGAAGGUGGUACUGACUUUGGUCAUUCUAUAACUAUACAACAUGUGAAUCCUGGAAGUAUAGCUGAUUACAGUGGACUUCGGGCUGGUGAUCAUGUGAUACGAAUUAAUCAAUCUGAAACUAAAUGGAUGAGACAUGAUGAUGCAAAAAUGGAGAUCAUACGAUCAAGUAAUGAUUUAGAAUUGUUUGUUCAGCGUAAUGAAAUUAUAAAUCAAUAUACACAUCAAAAUAAUUUUUCUCCAUCACCAAAACAUUCGUUAAGUAGAUCACCGAAACCAGUUUCUCCACAACCAGUUAGUCGACAAACUAUUUGGCAACCUAAAAUUGUUUCAUCUGUUCAAAUGUCACCAAAUAGUAAUCAUAACAAUCACCAAGCAUAUGGAACUCAUGUUAAUUUAGAGGCUACAUCGAAAAAUGAAGAGUCAUCAUCUAUUGGAGUUAAGCACAAUAUCUCACCACUUCCAUUUGGUCAAUCACCACCGGCACCUGGAGAAAACGUACUAACAAAAGUCGGUGAGGGACGUUAUAGAAAAAUCAGUCACUCAUCAUAUAAUUCACCUAUGGGUUUAUACAAUCAAAAAAAUAGAAAUCAAACAUUUGAAAGAACAUUGUCUAAUGCUACAGGCAAUCAACAUGAUGGUACAGCACCUCAAGUAUCACCAACAACACCACCAUCAAUGUAUUGUGGAUCAUGUGGAGGUUUUAUACGCGGUGUUUUUGUUAAAGUACAAGGUCGUAUCCCAAUGCAUCCUGAAUGCCUUAAAUGUUGUAAAUGUGGAAUAGGUUUACGUAAUAUUGGUUAUUUCUACAUUAAAGAACAAUUGUAUUGUGAAACUCAUGCUAAACAAGCUGCACCACCUCCUGAACCUGGCAUGAAAGCUGUUGUUGUUUAUAAAUAACAGGUGAACUUUGAAAAAAAAGAAAUAAUAAUUUAAGUUCUAUGAAAGAUAUUUAAUAUCCAAUUACACAUGAAGCUAUCAAAAUGAUUUAGUGAGUUUUACCAUUUUUUGUUGUUGUUGUUGUUGAAACAAAACAAACUAUUAUUAUUUCCCGUCAACAAAAAUGUUUAGUUUACAAAAUCUAUUGUCAAAAUCAUUAGGAUUAGUCCAAAAUUGGAUAUUUUAUCAACAAAAAAACCCAUCUUAACUCUCAUUACCAGUUGGGCAUGUAAAUUGAUUUAUAACAUAUAUAUUACAUUAAAUGAUUUGAAUAUGGACAAACUUUUUAACAAACCGUCUACUCAAUAUAUCCAACUCCUUUUUCAAUUGCUCUCUUUCUGAUUAUCCGUCGAUUGUUUGUUUUUUCUCUUUUUUUUCCAUGCAAACUCAUGCAGCCCUUUUAUUUUAGAUGUUUCAUUCUACUUAUUCUAUAGUUUAUUUCAUUAUCUUGAUUAAUAUUCACUAUUAAUGAUCGUAAUUAUAAAAUUGUAAUUGUUUAAGUAUUCAGUAAUUCAUUAUUUUAUUGAUUAGAUUAUUGUUAAUACGAUCAAUGUAUGAACCGUUAAAUAUUGAUUGUGUAUCCGGUAAUAAAAUAAUCAAUUUAGUCUUAUCAAAAUUGUUAUUAUCAUUUCAAUGAAGAUAAUAGAAAAGAAAAUAUCUUGAAUUGUGUUUUAUUUUUCUUAAAUAUAAUAAGUAAAGAAAUUUCAUUUUGUCCGCGAAUUUGUUGUUUAAAUUAUAUGGCCUAAUAACAUAAGUCAUUCCAAUGUGAGCUUGGGUAUAAUAAUUUACAUCAACACUAUUUUUU